CUAAACCAUACUUCGAUACACAUAAUUUUCCUAGCACACAUAAGUCUAGAACACAUUCUCUGAAAUCAUUCACACAUUUCCAACAUAUACAAAUAUGGCUGCUACAUCAGUUUUCAUUGCAACCCCAGUCACAUUAAACCUCAACAACAAAACCACCAACUUUUCUUCACAAUGUUGUAUCAGGAAAAACACCAUCAGGUGCAUGUCCUCCCCUCAAGAUGGCAAAACCACCCCAACUACUGAUGGUUCUGCCAAACCAAUAAUUACAUCAUCAUCAUCAUCAUCAAACCCAUCAACCCCACUCCCACCACCAGCUCCUAAGGUCCCAAAAGUCAGCACCAAGUUUAACGACUUGUUUGCCUUCAGUGGACCAGUGCCCGAAAGAAUAAACGGAAGGUUGGCUAUGAUUGGGUUUGUCUCCGCAAUGGCUGUGGAGUUGAGCAACGGUCAAGAUCUCUUUACCCAGAUAUCUGACGGAGGACUAACGGUGUUCGUCGGUACAAGCGUUGUGUUGACGUUGGCGUCGUUAGUGCCGUUGUUUCAAGGGGUGAGAGCCGAGGCCAAGUCAAACGGAGUGAUGACUUCAGAUGCCGAGUUGUUGAAUGGACGUGUCGCCAUGUUGGGUCUGAUUGCUUUGGCUUUCACUGAGUUUGUUACUGGAAGUGCCCUUGUGUAAUUUUGUUACUUAAUUUGACAAACACUAGCUGAAUUGAAGUAUAGAUGUAGAAAUUAAAGGUGUUGUAUGAUUUUGUCCCAAUGCAUAUUCAAUUUUGAUGUAUAUAACAGUUUUUGUUUGAUUAUAA